CCUUAUUUCUAUGUCUAUGGUCAUAGCCGUUAUUGUAGGACAGUCCUGAGCUGUGUGAGUAGAUAUUUUCAGGUUAGAAAACGUAAAGUGAGUGAAUACGUCUUUUAUCUCACGAAUUGAGUAACAGUACUGACGAUGGCAAGUGUUUUGAAAAAGAGUACAAAUUUAACGGGUCUUGCUGUUUGUAAGAAUCCUCAUCUGGAAUUAGUUCCGCUAUACAAUAGAAUUCUGCGUGUCUUACAAAAGAUGCCAAAUGACUACGCUUAUAGGAAGGAAACGGAGAAAAUUGUCAAGGAUAGAUUAAAGAUCGUGAGAGAGAAUCCUGAUAUACCAACUAUUGAAAAUAAAAUUAACUGCGGACAAGUUGAAGAGCUUAUUGUACAAGCUAGAAAUGAGAUGACGCUCGCAGAGAAGAUGGUAUUGUGGAAACCAUGGGAGAAAUUAAUCGAGGAAGCACCGUCCAACCAGUGGACUUGGCCACCUCAUAAAUAAAGUUUUAAGUUGUAUAAAUAUUUUCUAUGUAAAUAUAGUAUGUAUAGAUUGCUUUUUAUGCAAGAUCACACAUAUUGUGUUGUCGUUAUAUAUGUGUAUAUAAUAUCAUUAAAUAAAUGUUCUCUCUGAGAGAGA